CGCGUGUAGGUUCAAGUGUAGUUAAGCUUUAAUACAAUCACCAUUAGAGAGUAUAAGAAAAAAAAAAAAAAAAAAAAACAAAAGAAAAUGGAAGAGGCUCUAUUGCAAAGCAAGAAAUUAACAUCACCACCAUCGUCACCAUCAGCAUCAGCAUCAUCAUCAUCAUCGUCGUCAUCGUCAUCGUCAUGGUCUGUAAUUACAAAGAAAGCCAUGGUAGAAGAGCUGAGGAAGCUCUGCCAGAUGGGGGUUCCGAUGGUGGUGGUUACAGUGAGUCAGUUCCUUUUGCAAGUCGUUUCCUUGAUGAUGGCCGGACAUCUCGGCGAAAUCUCUCUAUCCGGCGUCGCAAUCGCUACGUCUUUCGCUGACGUCACCGGAUUCAGUGUUCUUUUAGGAAUGGCUGGUGCAUUGGAAACUUUAUGUGGGCAAACAUUUGGAGCUGAACAAUAUGAUAAGCUAGGAAACUACACUUUCUGUUCAAUCAUCACUCUUCUUUUUGUUUGUCUACCUGUCUCUCUGCUUUGGAUUUUCAUGGAGAAAAUUCUUGUAUUGUUUGGCCAAGACCCUUCAAUCUCACAUAUUGGUGGAAAAUAUUGCAUUUUCCUCAUCCCUGCACUAUUUGGCUACGCCAUUCUUCAGUCUCUGGUUCGAUACUUCCAAUCUCAGAGCUUGAUUUUUCCUAUGGUUGCCACUUCCUGUGCAGUCUUAGUUUUGCAUGUUCCUCUUUGUUGGGUUAUGGUUUUUAAGUUGGGUUUAGGAAUUACUGGAGCAGCAUUAUCGAUUGGCAUCUCGUAUUGGGUGAGUGUUGUUGGACUUGGACUUUAUGUCAAGUAUUCUUCAGCUUGUGAGAAAACCCGUGUCCACGUUACUAUGGACGCCCUUAGACACGUUGGGGAGUUUGUCCGCUUUGCAAUCCCAUCUGCUGUCAUGGUUUGUCUUGAAUGGGCAUCAUUUGAGCUGCUCGUAUUGCUUUCUGGGUUUCUACCAAAUGCAGAACUUGAAACUUCAGUUCUUUCCGUAUGCCUUAACACCACUACAUUGCAUUUCUACAUUCCUUAUGGAAUUGGUGCUGCUGCAAGCACCCGGGUUUCGAAUGAAUUGGGAGCAGGGAAUUCAAAGGGAGCUCAAGUGGCUAUGAUUGUGGUGAUGAUUGUUGCAGUUGGGGAGGCUGCUGUUGUGAGCACCAUUCUCUACUGCUGUAGAUAUGUUCUGGGAUAUGGUUUUAGCAAUGAGAAAGAAGUUGUAGAUUAUGUAGCAGAAAUGGUCCCUCUGCUUUGUCUCUCAAUUACUUCUGACAGCUUAUUAGCAGUACUUUCUGGGAUUGUUAGAGGAAGCGGGUGGCAGGACAUAGCGGCUUAUGUGAAUCUUGGAGCAUAUUAUGGUGUUGGAGUUCCAUUAUCUACCUUGUUGGCUUUUGUUUUUCAUUUAAGAGGGAAAGGACUUUGGUUUGGAGUAUUGACAGGCUCUGUUUUGCAAGCUAUAGUGCUCUCGCUUAUCACCUUUUUCACAAAUUGGCAAAAACAGGCGGACAAAGCCAGGGAGAGAAUAUUUCAGGAGACACUCCCAGCUGACUUUAAGGCACUGCCAUAACUAUGCAAGCUCGGAAAAUAAAUAAGAUUGUGAGAACUAAUAAAUUAAUCAGUUACUUGGCUAUAUAUCUAGCUAGGUGCAAGUUUUGCAAUGUGUAUAAAUUAUGUCUUAAUUUUUCCACUAUAUAUAUUUAUUCGUCUAAUAGUUAUUUUCCUAAUUGAAUGUUGUUCCUUAAUUUCCACCCCCCUACAUAUCUAUUUAAUGUGAUAGGGGAUUCCAAUGAAUGAAAAUAGCUGUGAAUUUUGUUCUCGUUA